AAGAUAUGGUACGUUCCAACGCGAUCUCACACCUGCCUCUAAAACAAAGUCCUCUACAUUCUUUUAACACUACAAGAAGAUCUGGCGCCUCGCACCCCGCUACGGUUGGGAGAUAAUAGACUCAUGCGCAGUUGAUUGGCAUAACUUAUCCUAAAUGCCCCAGAAAGAUACGGCCAGAAGAGCUUUGGGGAAGUCAAGCCGUUCAUCAGCGGAAGCAUCCCCUGGCACUCGAUCGCAAACGCCUAAAGUUACAACUGGACCCCCGACACUGUUUGACAAACGCAGUGGAUCUGCAGGCCGUCAUUUAGCCCAACAGCCUUAUACCCCUUCGAAUAGAGGCCCGAUUCAAUCCGAGCGCAGUCGAAAAAAGAGGAGGUAUAUGCAUCCGGAGCAGUCACGGCCAGCCCUUGACCAGAGUGACGUACACAAUAGCGAUGACCCAGCCUCAAACAUCCACGAGCCUAUAUAUGAUUGUGCGGCUGAUGCUGUGUACAAAUUCAAUGAUAUUGAAGGAGGUUCCAGUUCUCAGAAUGAAUCCGAUAUUGAACGCAGAGGAUCAGAUUACCCUUACACUUCAGCUACAUCUGUAUCACGACGGCUUCACAUCGAAGAACAACAACCCAUCUCAGACAGUAACACUCCCAGCCAGACUUCGGCGGAAGCUGGGCAUGACAGGAGAACUGUCUCUGCUCGGAAGAGACUGGUUGAUAUGCUAGACAACUCCCGGCCUUCGCAAGAAACCGACAUCCCUCGCGCAAAUCAGAGUGAACAUCCAGAUGAAGUAGCAGAUCAUAACUCUGAAAAGGCUAUCAAAGCAGAAACUCCGAUGCUAUCCAGAUUACGGGGCUCUAGGAUCACUUAUGCACGCCAACGCUCUUUCUUGGGUAAUACUCUGAGCUUGACAGCUCUUGAACAGCGGGACACCUCGGUACCCUCUCCAGAUCCUGGUGAUGCAGAUCUGGGACACAUCACAAACAAUGAUGGUAACCAGAAUUUGGUUAGUGACGACGAAGAGAUUGAAUCCAGACCUGUGCGUAGCAUACAUGAGCUUAGACAGGCUGGAGAUAACGCUCGGUUUCGGGAGUCAGUUGAGGUGAUAUUUGAAGACAUUGAGGAUCCAUAUAACUCUCUCUCAGGGAAAUGUAGUAGCUUCGCACAGCUAUGCACAAAACUUCUCGAGCAUGCCUUCGUGCGUCGUUUCUCAGAAUAUGGUUUCAAUGAACGGCUUGUCAAGUGCAUAGCGGAUGACCAAGACGUUCUCAUUACGUCCAUGGCUUUAUGUGCAUUUAGACUAAUAUGCUCGAAUGGCCUUUUCUCUCACACAAGUCUGAGGUCUUUUUGGACCAUAAUCCUGCGAAUGUCUCACAAGCUCCUCACUAUGACCGACGACAUCACAAAUAUGGCAACUGAGGGAAUCACCGGCCUGUCCAAAACUGUGCAAAGAUCUUUCAAAAAGACCUUACCUCAGAUUUCAUCCGUGUUUUUUAGUGGGUCCCCAUCGCCGAGGCUUUCUCCCUGCUUGGUGACCCUUUCGUGCAUCCAGUUCUGCCUUUCUACCUUCCUUGAAAAGGGUGACGACAUUAAGCCUUUACCCGCGACGCUGACGGAACAAAUUGUCGAGUUGCUGAUAACACAGCGUGACAAUGCCGCCUCCAUAGCGAGUCUUGAGAGUUAUGAGUUAACAAGGAUGUCAUUUUUGAUUCUGGAAUCUCACUCGAUGUUACCGGGAACAUCAACGUCGUCUUAUCGCAACUUUUCCCGGCUGCUUUUCGAGAAUCAUGGUAAAUUUCUGCCAUAUUGUCAGUUUGAUCGGAAUAAGCAGAUUCAGAUGUUAUAUGCCAGGGUUAUUCUCAACCUUACAAAUAAUGCGCCUUCGCUCUGCGAAGAGUUUGCUACUCCUGACAUGGUCUCGGACUUUGUCGAACUUGCCACUACUGGAUUGUCUGGCACAUCCAUGGAUUGCAAUGUGGAUGAAGAUGGACCUUUCAAUGCCCCUAUCUUAGCUUUGGGUGUGCUCAUAAACUUGUCGGAGCAAAGCGAGCUCUCACGAGCUGCUUUUCUUAAUCCAGCGUCUGAUUCUACGUCACUACUUCAGUUACUUCUCCAGCAUUUCUCCGCGGGGCUUGCAUUUGUUGACCAGGCGCGCUCUGUGUCCGAAGUACAUUACAAUGUUGUUAUUGGGUACCUCUCGAUUGUCUUGGUUACUUUGUGUCUCAACGAGGAAGCAUUGAAUCAAAUCAGGGAGUCAAUUCGUGGCGAAGGCCUUAACCUAGUCUUAUCGACGGCAGAAGAAUUCUUAAAGUUCCACCAGAAGGUUGAGCAAGACUCCCAGCUUUUUGAGAGUUCGGGAGAACGUGGAGGUAGAUCUACAACGCGCUUGAAGGAUGUCCUGAAUCAGAUACGCCAAAAAGCACGUCUAUAAACGCCGAGAUACUUUAUAUGCAAUCUUGAUUCUCAUUCAACUCCGUAAUUAUUCCAUAUGCAAUCUGUAACAACAAAGA